AUGCCUACUCCUUUGGAUAGAGCUCUUAGCUCCAAAAAUGCAGUAUUAGCUUUCACUGGCAUCGUAACUGCAGCCGCAGCUUGGUCCAUUUGGGGUACUGAUAUGUUCCCAAAGGAAGAAGAUCCUACCGGUGAUCCAGCAACGUGGUCAAAAGAGGAAUUACGGAGAUGGUUGGCGGCUGUUAAGAGAUCUUCAUCCACAACCCAAGGAUACCAAAGAGCAGUUGUUGGAGAGAGUAAAGGCAAACUUACGAGUGCCAAGAAAGUCAUGAAAGCCAUGAUACCUAGUGAUUAUGGGUCUUUUGAGGCAGGGGAAUAG